AUGCGAGAGAGUGGAACUAGCUUGAAACGUCAAAUUGCGUACGAUGAGGCAGGGAAUGAGCGCACGGCGAAGGAAGAGAAGAAAAUGGUUUACCUUCACCUAGGAAAUAACCCAAAUAUUUUGCCCAGUGCAACGCUUAUUGGACCUUACCCUUCUCUCCAGAGCGGCGUGUUUGUACCUCAUCGACGCCCUCUACUCCAGAACAACAGGAUCGUACCUCGUUCUCACCGUAUACAUCCCGCGCUUCCUACGUACAGGAUGAUGUACGUUCCGGAGGUAGACUGGGACGAGCUCAGUAUGGAGGCUCUGGGCACUUUUCCAGGCGACGAGGCGCCUGGACUGGUCGACGAGGCGCCUGGACCGGUCGACACAGGCUUGGAUAGUAUGGAAAUUUGCUUCGAGCUUCCACUCGAAGAAUGCGAAUUGUUCCAGAGAGUCGCGGCGGGUAGAUUGGCAGCUGCGGAGGGCAGAAACGCGCCCGUGGAGAAAGUUCUGACUGAUGUGGAGAAGAAAGAGAAGGUCGAGAGGGACAAGGCUGCAACCCGGAAGAAGCAAGAGGAAGACAAGAAGAAAAAGACGCAGAUGGAUAUUGAGCACGGAGAAAAGGCUAGCCUACUGUACAUGCGGGGUUUGAACGAAGAGAACCCGUUCUUCAGCUCAGUCCACUCCCUGGCAAUAACGCCAAAGGAGUUUACACACCCAUCACUGAGCGAGGAUGGCGAAAGCAUCGCCUUCCGAGACCACCAACUGCAUGCAGUGGGUAAGGCCCAUCAUAUCCUCAACAACAAGAAUGCCAAGCCCAACACGGUCCUCCUGAACUACGGCAUGGGUUUUGGCAAAACCUAUAUCAUGCACGCUCUUAUGCAGAUGAACAAAGGCCCAAAGCAGACCAUGUUGCUCAUCGUCCCUCCCGCGAUCCUCACUCGAUGGACUAGACAGCUGGACGAGAAGUCCAUUCCCAAGCUGAGGUACAUGGUGUAUGGCAAAGAACCUGUAUCGGCCAAAGAGAUGAUGACCUACGAACUGGUAGUGACGACCUUCCAGACGGUCCUGAGGGACUGGAAGGCCCAAGAACUGGCGAUAAGCAGGAUGAAAGCGUCGUUUCUUCCUGGCUUCUCUCUGCCUGAGGGGGAAACCAUACGCCAGAAUUUUCCGCUCUACCUCGUGUUAUGGUCAUACAUGUGGGUGGAUGAAUGUCAAUCAAUCUCGGGCGAAGACUCGAUUAUCUCGCUUGCAGUAUGCAACCUGCAUGGCAACAAGAGGUUUGGCUGUACUGGAAUACCGAUACAGAACGACUACCACAGCGUCCAGACGCUGCUGCGCUUCUUGAAUGUGGAGCCUUGGAACAAUUCAGACUACUUUGCCGAUACGUUCUUGAAAAACGACAAGGGCGAGACCGAAGCCGUUGACCUGAGUGCCGCGUCGAACAGCUUCCUCGCUGUGUCCAUUCGACCCCACAUACUGCGACUGGACACUAACAACUACUUCAACGGCAAACCCAUUGUCACUUUCCCCAAGCCUGCCAACCAUGACAUGGAAGGAUCACUGGACGAAGCGGAGUAGAGGAUCCAAAAGAGGUACGGAUGUGGAGUGCAUAUAGAACAAGAAGGGUAGUCCUAUGAAGGCACUGAUCAAGCUAUAUGAGCAGGGAAAACUGGACAGAGCAGAUCAAGUAUGUAGGCUGAAUACAUGUCAAGGGAUUCAGACAAUCCUCGACGACCUGAUCCGUCGAACUAUCUCCAUGGUAUCAUGUGAUGUCGCCGUACUGGUACGAACAAGCCUGGUAGCGUAGCAUGCAAAAUGUAUGGACGUGUUUCUCCAUGUCCAUUGGGUGCAUCCUCUAGUCCCACUUCCCUUCCCUCCCAUGGCCAAUGAUUUCACGACAAGUGUGGCCCCUGGACAAAUACGCACCAGAGCU